ACCCGUAUGAAGAAACUCGUUCUGAGAGGUUCCUGUUCCAGAUAUCUUCUCCUUUCAUAAAAUUUCUGUGAAAUGAAUGGCAAGAAGACAAUGUCAACGACUGGAACAAAAAACAAAAGAAAGGAAUAUCGCACGAAAGUGAUAUCUUUUCACAACCACAGAAAGUCUCUCAUUACCUAUGAAGCAUUUGUGUGGAUUGUCUUCGGGAUCACGACGACCCUUGCGAUCAUCGAUCGCUUCACAACCAAUUUCUGGCCUCGACAGAUGUUUUCGAUCGGACAGGGUUCUGCCGGCACCGAUCGACUCGGUAGGUCCAAUGGAAGUCGUGCUGCGUCAGAUAAAAAUUGCAUCAAUUACUAACACCAUUGAUAUUUGUUUCGCCAAUUUUUCCCGCACCACAUCAGUUGGUUUCAAGCCAGGUCCUUGGUCCGUCGUUGCCUACGAUGUCAUCGCAAGGAUCAGUGGACGGUUCUCUAUCUGUGCGUAUAACCUGCUCCUGAUUACGCGGCUGCGCUGCCUAGAACACUGCAUUCUCUGUUCAAAGUGGGUGAACAGAAUGAUCGACUGCUCCAACAUUAUCAAGGCCAACCUACGUCUACACAAAUGGAACGGUAUUGCACUUUGUGUUCUAACGUUUAUCCACGUGUGGAGCAUCUUGUUUCCGUGCGUCUUCCAUGGAUACACAGCCAAGGUCAUACGUGGUACCUUUGAGUGGCCCCUAUCGGAACGCCCCCCUCCAGGUUUCAAGGAUGCCGACGCGGUAAACAAACAAAUGGGUCUAGAGAUCGAUGAUGUCUGGCGGAUGGUUGAAAUGACUGUCAUGUUCUGCAUCUUGUUACCGUUGAGUGUCCGCUGGUUUUCGACGCGCUGGCACAUCGGAAUGCCCCUGCAUAGGCUCAUCAAUGUUCUAUACUUUGUAGACAUUGUCCGACGACACACCCAUCCACAUUCGUGGGUUCUCAACACCCCCAUAUUCUGCGCCUGGGUUUUCGAUAAGUUUUGGAUGUGGUAUUCUAAUCGUCGGAAAGGACCCGAGGUGCAUCGAACCUAUUUAGGUGAGUACCGUCUGCCUUCCCCCUUGCGGGCGAAGGAAGAGUUGAGCAUUCCGUCUCGGUUGGAAACCGUCACAGGCGCCUCUUCACUUGUUUCUCUCUCACAAACAACAUUUGCCCUUUUAAAUUACUCGUUUUUCAGGAGAGAACUACAUGGUUCUGUAUUGGAAGCACUGCGAAACCAAGUUAGGUUCCUACGACGCUCUGGAUACCCACCCGAUUCUCUCCCCCGACUACUUCCUUCGACUCGACGAUUCUUCUUUCUUCGAGAGCGCGCACGUCUUCACGUGCUUCGAGAACCGGACAAACACCUCCAUCGAUCGAAGCAGCGCAGGUUUGGAACCAUUCGAGUGGACGGCCGGAUGUGUCGUUCGUGUCUUUCGCAAGAAACGAAAACCUCGCCUCGGCGCCAAGGAUCCUAUUUCGCACACCGCGCGAAUGUUUGACGUCCCUAAGGAGAACCUCGAUGUUACAGCCUGGGGACCAUACCACAGUGAGAUGUCCGCGCACAUCAAGGAAUCUCUGCUGCGCAAGGAUGACCGGCAAACGGUACUGAUCGGUACCGGAUCUGGAGUCGGAUACGUUUUGGAUGUCCUUCAGUGGAAGAAAGAAUAUGCACCAAAGAGACAGAUCAAGAUACUUUUCAGCACACGCGACGCUGAGCUUUUCAAAUGGGUUAAGGACACAAUUGAGCCAUUUGCCAUUACCCCAGAGAUUACCAUCCACCUGGCCUUCACCGGGACGCACAUUGACCUCGAGGAAGAUCGCAUCGUCGCCAACAAGUGCGAAAAGAUCGAAUUCGACUUCGUGAACGAAAACGAGGAAAUCGAAUCCGUCAAUACUUCAGUUAACGAGUCACCCACUACAGAACCCGUGAACGAAAACAAGGAAAUGGAAACAAUCACUGGAUCCAAUGACGAAUCUGCCACUACAGUUAACGAGUCACCCACUACAGAACCCGUGAACGAAAACAAGGAAAUGGAAACAGUCACUGGAUCCAAUGACGAAUCUGCCACUUCAUACCCCCUGAAUGACACCAAGGAAAGUGAAUCCAUCAAUGGAUCCGGUAACGAUCCAGCCACUAGAAACAUCCUGAAUGUAAAUGAGGAAAGUGAAUCCGUUCAUGGAUCCGAUAGCAAAACAGCCACAACAGACCUCCUGAAUGUAAACGAGGAAAGUGAAUCCGUCAAUGGAUCUCAUAACAAAUCAGCCACUAUGAUCCUCGUAAAUGAAAACAGGGAAAUCGAAUCCGAUGACGAAUCAGACACUACAUAUUACACUACUAUGUCGAGACGAAGCUGCCUCACUACAGUAUCGGGACAAAGCUGCCUCACUACAGUAUCGGGACGAAGUUCCCAGUCCUCCCCCAUCCAGAACGUGAUAAUUAGUUACUGGCAUCAUGAUUUUGACAAAGAGAUCGAGGAGGAAUCCAUCGUAUUUUCUCAAGGAAGCCAAGGACUAAACGAACAUGUGGCUAAAAUUUGCGCUGGGAAGAAAGCCAAGUUUUACGGAGGACUCCAGUCCACCGAGCGCUUCGAGAUGUUUGACGCCCUCAUCGAAUCAAGCCUCCGAUCACUCAAUUCGUUGAGGACUUCGAUAAGGGGAUCGAGCGUUCGAUCGCUUACAGCGAUGAGGCGCAGCGUGAAAACCAUCAGACGUUCUUUUCAGGCCUAAAGAGUCUGAGAUGUAUGGAUAAAAUUUAAUUGUCAGA